UUAAGUUGAGAACGUAAUGGAUAAUAGGUAAGCAAUUUCAGAAAAAUAGAAACCCCUGGCCAUUCUCUUCAAGAAAAGAGAAACCUGGUCUACUCCCGCCAAGAAAAGGGAGCUAUCCAAAUCUAUCUCGUAUCAUUUGGUAUCAGAGCCUUGAUCCGGGUUCCGAUCACGAUGAGCUCAGAGAGACCGUCAAGGGAGGAACUCAUCAAUCAGGCAAUCCAAAUGCUAGACAGUGUCAUCGCUACCUGCGGCAAGAUGAUUGCUUCAUAUGACAAACACAUGUCAGCAACAACACCAACGCAGCUGCGAGUUGAGACCCUGGCCGCCAUGGAAAAGGCGGAGAUCGCCAUCCCACCUAUAGUACCCGCACCGCCACCGUCGCAAGCUGAAGCUCUAGUCGAGUUUGUAGAGGACGAGGAAGAAGAUGCUGUUGGCGCAAAGCCUGUACAGUCGUUGUCGUUGUCGUCGUUCCCUCUUGCCGCGCCGACUAGUGUCUCCCAACCACUGCCGCUGCAAUUCAAAAUCCUCACUGCCAUGGAAGCCGUGAAGAUCACUCCACAAUCAAGCCCCGUUGCACCACUGGUCAUCGCUCCACUACUGUCGAUGCCUACCGCUGUUGGUUCUGUUGACAUUGCUCCACUAUCGCCGCAGAUUGAAAAAUUAUUGAGUUCGCCGAUCGCAUCCCCUGUGCACACAACAGACCUGCCAUCGAUUGUCAUUGAGCUGGAAUCACCACUUGAACCAGCAGCCCUAACCGCUCCUUUUUCACCAAGCCUCGACGGAAAGCAUCAUCAUGUGGGAAAGCUGCAAACUUUGUUGGUUAAGGGUCGUCCACGACAAAUAAAUGGAUACGUCCUAUCAUUGGGUAUCAGAAUAACCACCAAAUGUGUUAUUUACAAUAGAGGCAGAAGAAUAUUGGGUCAAAUAAACCCUUGGAGAUUUAGGAAGAAACGUGAGACUUCUCUAGGAAUGUUUGGUGUUGAUGGCCACUGUCUAAAUUGGUGGAAAAGAAAGAAGGGUCGAGCUAACAUAGCUAAGAUCGUCAAGAAGUGGGACAAAAAUCUGCUUCUAAAGGGGAAGCUAGAUCCACCAACGUGGAGGGAAACCAUGCCCUGCACCAUUGAUUCGUGCUACAUUGAUGAAGUCUUCGACGAAAAGAUAUACAAGUGGAAGCACGAGGAGAAAGCAACUGCCGCUGCUGACAAUGACAACGAUGAGUCCAUGGAUGUUGAUGCGUCCUUACCCCCAACAGCAAUGCGGGUGGCGGUCCCCUCUGCCGACAAUCCCCACAAGCCGACCUUCAAGACCCUAACCCACGGAGGGGUGAUCAUUGAGAGGGUUUCACAAAGGAACUGGAAGCGUUUCAGGAAGCACCUAUUGUGGCCAACGGUUAUGAGCAGGCAAGUGACGUGGCUCGAGGAGAAAAUGAACUAGCUGAAAAGGGUUGAACGAGUUAUAGGAGGUAAUGGGCAGGCAGGUUCAGCUAUUUGGGUUGACUUAUAGAUCAAACCAAUUGACUGGUAUGGAUCGAGGAUGGAAACGUGUCAAGGAAGGUCUCUUCCCGUGGAUGAUGCUACCUGCAUGUUGUCUUACGUUUUCCAUGAUUGCUUCAUUCAACUCGGCCUUGAGGACAAGGCCUUUUUUUCGGGGUUGGUAAUGAUAAGCCCGUAAUAAAGCCUCGUACCAAGA